AUGGAAGACAGCAGGGCUACAGUGGGGUCAUGCAACGGCGCUGUGCUACAGCGUCCCAUCAAGGCUCUUACGAGGCCGGUUGGCGCAUUCAAGCCCGCUGAACCCCUCCAGCAAUCCGAGAUUCUACUGGGCCCAGCAAUCGCGAACGCCUAUGACGCCGAGCUAGCGCGCUCGUGUUUGCCCACUGCCGCUUCUCAGCCUUUUCGGCUUGCGCGCCUCCAGUACGAUUUGAUUUGGACGUUGCAUCUACAACUGCGCAAGCACCGCCAAAAUACACCACUUGGCCUCGGCUAUCCAUAUCUUGCCUCUCGAUCAAACCAAGACAAGAUCUCAGCUCUUCCGCUCCCAAAAACAAGAUCAUCCCGCCAGUCCUCUCGCAAUUCCGCUAUCCGACUUCAAGUCUGUCUGCCUCUGGUAUCGCCACUACUACCAAAGAGCCAAAGCUCGCAGCCUUCAGCUCUCCCUCGAAUCCAAGCCCGCGAUUCGAUUGUUCCUUAUCCCGCUUCGAAAAUCACUUUGUCCUAUGGUCACCUACUACGUCUGCGGUUCAUAAUGAGCGGACGCAGGCGAAGGGCGUCCACGUCGAGCGUCGAAACCAUAGAUGGAGACAAGAUCCGCUGGUUGCAGGAGUCUUCUGUUGUCAGAUCACAGCCCAAGGACGUCUCCAAGGAUGACUAUCCUUGCUUCGAGCUGCGCGAUGCCACCGUCUACGAUAGAAAGGGAGAGACUCUCGAGAACGCACUCAAUGUCGUCGUGCGAGGCCCAUACAUCGUGCGCGGCCAUCUCAUCAUAGACGAUCCCUCUCAAAAGACACAUCUGAUCAUGAGGGUCAAGGCAUCUACACCUAUAGAAAUCCGCCAUUGUAUCGCUUAUUCGAUCGGAGAAGACGAUGGGCGCCCUGUUGUAUGGGUUCUGGGACGAGGCGGCUGGUACGAGCUUAACCCUUCAGACGCAUACCGACCGAUAUUCAAUAAGAUGUGCGAGGCCACCACCAUGUAUUACAGUUUGGUGGACAUAUACAGCUCUGGCAAAUUUAGCAAGACACCUGCCGCACCGGGUGCCAACCUCCUAGAGGCUCUCCGCACUGAUUUGCUACAGUAUGCCAUGAAGGUAGGCGAUGGAGCAACAUUCAACGAGGUGAUACAGCGGUGUGCUGAGCACGCCAUCUUCUUCGUUUGCCAAUUUGGACAGGAGUCUCUCAGCCUUAUAGACUGGAAGCAAACGCCAUUCCAUAGAUGGUUCACGGUUGAGCACGCCGACGUGGUGUAUAAAACAGAGUUGGCGCUCAAAAACCCACGAAAACCAAGCAGUCCUUCGCGUGAGGUGGUGAGUCCGGCGCCGAGUAACAGGUCCUCAAACCGCAUUACUAGGAGUCUCAGCACGGAGGUUGUUGAUCCCGAUCAAACCCAGCUAUCGAAACGGCCGAAACCAAGCCCGCUUGCAGACGUAGCGAGCCCUAGUGCUGCUGCUCAGACACCAGCAAUGCCUACGCAAUCUGCUGCUCAGACACCAGCAAUGCCUACGCAAUCUGCUGACGGUGCAAUAAGCACUGCAGCAGAUGAUGACUCUCCAUUUGCCUCCGUCCUCGCUGCAUUAGAAGUAUUAUAUGUCGAUCGUGGUGGCUCUAAAAAGGGCAUCACUAUGAAGAAUGCUCUCAACUUUAUCUACUUCGACUACAAAAUCCCCAAUUACAAAGACGGCUCUAAAGGAGCGCAUCGCAUUCCCGCUGAAGAGGUUUUGCAUUAUAAUGCUGCCGCCUUGUUGCAGGUACUUGACAAGGAGAGGUUCCAGAAGCAUGAGCUCUGGUCUUUUCUCGAGGAGUUGUCAGCAAAGCCGUUUACUCCGCGUGCUAUAAAAGCAUCGGAAUUUCCUUUUCGACUGAUACCGCGCAAAGCCAUGCCGCGUCAAUCCAAGAAGCCAGCGCCAACUGCUGUCGAUCCAGAAUCAUCCUCGCACGAAGCUGGCGCAGCAAGUACCAACGAUGCUCCUGGGCAUAUUGGCAAAUCAUUGAAACGACCUGGCCGGAGACCGAUUAAAACAUCAGGCCUAAGAGCAGCAACUGCCUCCAAGAAAAGAACCCACGCCGAAAUUGGAGAUGAGAGUGAGCCAGACUCGGAAACCUCGGGCUUGAAACGGUCACACUACUUCUCCGAUAAGGGGGAGGAGGAGGAGGAGGGAGACACUUCUAUGCAAGACUUGACCGAAGUAAACGCCCCUAGAAAUGCCGGUCCGUCUGUUCAGUCGCCAUCAGACGACGUAGAGCCGAUCCAGAUUGUGAUUCGCACGGAGAAGAUACCUUCCACCGCCCCUCAAGGCCCUGACGAUACUUGGACGUGUGAAGAAGAUGGCUGCGCAUAUGUUGUGCGAGGUGGUGACGCACAAGGGUGUCAAACACGGAUUCAACAGCACUUUGAAGAACACCAGGAGCAAAACAAACGACUCAACCUCGCAGUCACGGAAAGCAGCCGUGGCCACAUGCCGAUUAAGUAUGCCUAUUUCCCCCCUUUCCUGAUACUCGUUGAAUUCCCUCCCACCACGAACACAACAACAAGAACAACAAGAACUACUCCCGCCGUCGACGCCCCUUUAAGUCCACCACCGGAAGCCAUACCAGAUCUAAGUAGAUCAGCAACAGAAGAAUUUCGUCAGAUUGUUGCCCAAUUUCGCCGCCGUCCCCAGCCCGUUUCUGAUAGAAUACCGUCUCUAAUACUGUUGCAGUCAUUUACUCGAGAAGCUCAAGCGAAUGGGCGAAAAAGCCCAGCCGAACCAGCCUCAGGGUGGAACACUCCCGCAGCCGAUCAAGAGGAAACUGAUAGUGUGACGCUGCAGCUUGAGGACGACGAUUGA